AUGAAGGAUGAUAACGUCCGGGAUGCGCUCGAUGCUGAGCACCAAAUGGGCUUUGUCGAGGCUGUGAAGCUGUAUCCAAAAGCAAUCGGCUGGUCGGUCUUUUUCUCGCUAGGGGUUAUUAUGCUUGCGUUUGAUCCGCAGCUGCUUGGAAACCUGUACGCUGUCCCAGCGUUUCAGCGGGACUUUGGAUAUGAAUUCAAGGGCGAGUAUAUCAUUUCUGCACCUUGGCAAUCGGGUCUUUCUAUGGGCAAUCCUAUCGGCCAAUGCGUCGGCGCUCUCUUUUCGGCGUACCCUAUGGAAUGGUAUGGUCGCCGCAAAACCUUUGCGGUAUGUGUCAUGGGUACAUGUGGCUGCGUCUUCAUCCAAUUCUUCGCUCGCUCAUUGCCUGUCCUUCUCGUGGGGGAGCUUCUAGGAGGUCUCAUUCUGGGAGCAUACGUCGUCAUUGCUCCAGCCUAUGCCUCGGAAGUCUGUCCCGUAGCCAUUCGAGGCCAACUGACGAGCUAUAUCAACCUAUGCUUCGUUAUCGGACAACUCAUCGCGAACGGAGUCGCCGCAGGAACUAGCAAGCUGGACAGCCAUUGGGCAUAUAGCAUCCCUUUUGCCCUGCAAUGGGUUUGGAUUGCAAUCAUCCUGCCUGGAAUACCCUUUGCGCCGGAAUCGCCCUGGUGGCUUGCGCGCCAGGAACGAUUCGAAGAAGCUGAGAAAUCCCUUCGCCGUCUCGCCUCGCCGCGCGUGAACGUUAAAAACACACUCGCUAUGAUCAUUGAAACGGAUCGACUGGAGCAGGAGAUGGAGGCGGGAAGCACAUACUGGGACUGUUUCCGGCGCAUCAACUUGCGCCGUACUGAGAUAUCUAUCGGCGUAUAUGCGACACAGGUGCUAAGUGGCAUCUACCUCAUCAACUAUGGCACGUACUUCUUCGUACAGGCUGGCCUGUCAACAGACAAGGCCUUCGAUAUGUCUAUCGGCUUCCUGGGUGUUGGCUUUAUCGGUACGCUCAUCUCGUUCGCGCUGAUGGUACGCGUUGGCCGGCGUACUAUCUACAAUUCCGGACUGGCCAUGCUCGCCAUCAUUCAGCUUAUCAUCGGCGUCCUCGAUUGCGUGCCGAGCCGCGAAACGAACACGGGUAUCAUCUGGGCACAAUCUGCGCUAAUGCUCGUGUGGAAUUUCUUCUACGGCAUCAGCGUCGGGCCGAUCUGUUUCGUGAUUAUCUGCGAAUGCUCCGCGACGAAGGUGCGAGCGAAGACUAUUGCUGUGGCGACGGCUGUUCAGGCCGUUCUUGGAAUAGCCAUGACGGUUGCAAUACCGUUUAUGAUCGCGCCGGACGAGGCGAAUCUGCGCGGGAAGCUGGGGUUCUUCUUUGGCGGGCUGGCAGCAAUCUGUCUUGCGUGGGCGUACUUUCGAAUUCCGGAAACGCGUGGGAGGACGUUCGAGGAGCUUGAUCUGUUGUUCGAGAAGGGUGUGUCGGCGAGGGAGUUUGGAAGCUACGUGCUCCGAGUGGAGGACGAGUGA